AAUCAUUCGCAAGAGUAACACGAACUUAUUUUGAUUAUUGAUAAAAUUGCUAGGACUAACGAUGUAAUCGUAACAUGCACGAAGUGUACUUCCGUUCGUACAUUUAUAAAGCUAAGGGAAAAAAACAACUAUUGUUAAUAAAAACGUCUUUUCUAUCAAGUUAACAUGCRGUUACCKAUCUUUUUGCUGUUUCUAUUGACGUACCAAAGUACUAAUUCUAAUGGCUCUUAUAACGAAGAAAAUACAGCCUUUCGAGGAGACUUAACACAUGUUAAAUUUGGCGAAGGURUGCGAGAAUGGUUUCGGAAUUUACGGGAUCGGCUGUUUGGAAGGAAGUUUGGUAGUAACAGUCCAGAAAACAAAGAAAUAAUGAAUCCAAGCAAUGCUGAAAUACAGGAUCGCGUUCAUAACUAUGGUGGAUUCUUCGUAGAUCUAUCUAGAGUCAAAUUUGAUCCGAAAUACGAUAUCGGAUUUCGUAUUGGUCAUUGGUACUUUAUWCGAAUGGGARAUAAACUCGAUGAAGAGUUUGUUUAUAACGAUUCAAGSGAAUGGGAYAUGUCUUCAUUAGUACCUGAUCAAAUAACGCAUCAAUUGUCCGACAACRAUUGGUCAAAUAAUGAUUAUGACGAYACAUUCAARACCACGACRCUGUUUCCAUCAACYAMAGCAAAUGCAGUUUUGAUGGAAGAAACUACAAUGGAAAGUGAUAUAAUUGAAAAUAYUACUACCRAAAUAUCUUUAGUACACAUGAAAGACAAUGAUACUGAAUCAGUAGGUGAUUUAGCAGYUUCUGUUGAAGUUAUAUUCCCUUAAUAAAGUACUCGCAAAAUUGAUGACAUACAUUAAUCGGUUAUUAUUUUCUUACUAUUUUUUAAACAAUCAAUUAUAUAUGUAUAUAAAAAGAAAUACAUAAAAAAUAACUUUUUCCAUCAAGAAGUGCACAAUUUUAUUUCACAAAUUUUAUCAUAAUUAUUACCAUGUUAAUGCUGAUGUACAAAUGAAUUAUAAAAAUUUUUACGAUGAUGUUACCGGUAUUAUUGUGGCCUUCCUGAUGUGUGGUAAUGGAUU